AUGACGUGGGGUUUUGUUACCUGUGGCCCCAAUGAGGCCCUCGUUGUUUCAGGUUGCUGUUAUAAUAAACCACUUCUCGUACCUGGAGGUCGAGCUUUCGUUUGGCCCGGAAUUCAAGAAGUACAAAGAAUUUCAUUGAAUACCAUGACAUUACAAGUUGAAAGUCCGACUGUUUAUACCAGCCAAGGUGUUCCAAUAUCUGUAACUGGAAUUGCACAGGUAAAAAUUCAAGGUCAAAAUGAAGAAAUGCUCACUGCAGCUUGCGAACAAUUUCUUGGUAAAAGUGAAAAUGAAAUACAAAAUAUAGCUCUUGUUACAUUAGAAGGCCAUCAAAGAGCCAUUAUGGGCAGUAUGACAGUCGAGGAAAUUUACAAAGACAGGAAAAAAUUUAGCAAACAUGUUUUUGAAGUUGCUUCAUCCGAUUUAGUUAAUAUGGGUAUCACAGUAGUUUCAUACACAUUGAAAGAUAUAAGAGACGAAGAGGGAUAUUUAAAAAGCUUGGGAAAAGCUCGUACUGCAGAAGUAAAAAGGGAUGCAAGAAUCGGAGAAGCAGAAGCUCGAAGAGAUGCCCAAAUAAAAGAAGCGAUAGCUGAAGAGGAAAGAAUGGCUGCGAGAUUUUUAAACGAUACGGAAAUUGCAAAAGCUCAAAGAGAUUUUGAACUUAAAAAAGCUGUUUACGAUGUGGAAGUCCAAACUAAAAAUGCCGAAGCAGAAAUGGCAUUUGCUCUUCAAGCAGCCAAAACGAAACAAAGAAUAAAAGAGGAACAAAUGCAAAUAAAAGUUGUGGAAAGGAGUCAAGAAAUUGCCGUGCAAGAACAAGAAAUAUUAAGACGAGAGCGAGAAUUGGAAGCGACGGUUCGAAGACCAGCCGAAGCGGAAAAAUAUAGAUUGGAAAAACUUGCGGAAGCGAAUCGAAAUCGAAUCAUUCUCGAAGCUGAAGCCGAAUCCGAAGCAAUUAGAGUUCGAGGCGAAGCCGAAGCUUUCGCCAUACAAGCCAAAGCGAAAGCGGAAGCAGAACAAAUGGCGAAAAAAGCAGAAGCUUGGAGCGAAUACAGGGAAGCCGCCAUGAUCGAAAUGUUAUUGGACGUUCUUCCAAAGAUUGCCGCAGAAGUUGCAGCGCCGUUAUCACAAGCCAAAAAGAUAACGAUGGUUUCAAGCGGUGGAAGCGAAGUCGGAGCUGCCAAAUUAACGGGAGAAAUAAUGUCAAUUGUGUCACGUGUUCCGGAUGUUGUUAAAUCCAUGACCGGCGUGGACAUAUCAAAGUCCAUACAAGCCGCGUAUUAA